AUGGCGGAAGACGGCGAGGAGGCAACCCUGCUUGCCGUCGAGUUGCCCGCCAGCCUCGGAGGCGAGGUGUUCCGCGUCAACACCAGCCUCGGCCCGCUCAAUGUGACGGUGUGUGGCGACAGGGCCCGGCCGCCGAUGCUCACGAUGCACGACGUGGGCACCAACCACGUCGGCGCCUUCCACUCCCUCCUGCUCUGCGCGGGGCCCAAGUCCACCAUCUCCAAGACGUUCUGCUUCUACCACGUCGACGCUCCAGGGCACCAGGACGGCGCGGACAGCGUCCCGCAGGAGGCCAGGAAGAUGACACUGGAGUCGCUGGCGGAGGCGCUGGGGCAGGUGGCGAGCCACUUCGAGCUCAGGGAGGCGCUCUUCCUCGGCGUGGGCGCCGGGGCCACCGCGCUCGCGCUCCUCGCGGCCGCCCAGCCGCGCCUGUGCGCCGGCCUGGUGCUGGUUGGUCCGUGUGUGCGGAAGCCAGGCUGGUGGGAGUGGACGUACGGCAAGGUGGCGCUGAAUGCGCUGGCGUUCAUCGGGCUCGGACACGCGACGGAGUCCUUCCUGCUCGCGCGCAUGUUCGGCACGAAUGCCCUCGAGCUCAUCAACCAGGGCGGGGACCGCAGCCAGGCCUUCAAGCGCGACCUGCACCGCAUCCCGAACGCAGCCACGCAGGCGUACCUGUCCGCGGCGCUCAGCCGCCGGGACCUGCGGGACGCGGUGCCGAAGAUCAAGUGCCGGACCCUGCUCGUGCUCGGUGAAGAGUCCAUGUUCUACGGCACUCUGGUCACGGAGGAGAUGCCGCAGGACGUCAUCGGGCCGCUCGAGGCGUUCCUGCAGCACCUGCAGCUCGAGGGCCUCUGCCAGCCCCUGUGA